AUUGUAUAUAAAUAAUGACAGGAAAUGACAACGAAGUAACCUAACACAUGAUUCCAUAGUCCAUUCAGUAAUGGAGGGUAGGCUACGUUUUGCGACGUGCAAAAUUUUACGUUUCUGAUUGUCGCUACUCCGAAAACUUGUACCUGGUACGAUCAGGAAAAUGUAUAGAAAAACGACACAAAAAAACAAAAGAUGAGAUCAACGCUAGCCACCACCCAAAUGCGAUCGCAAUAUUAAAAAAUGUUUCGAAGCCGGAGUUGGUUUGGAGGAGGGCUCUGGAAGCCCAAGAAUCCUCAUUCUUUGGAGCACCUUAAGUACCUGUAUAAUGUCUUAUCAAAGAAUCAGAUUGUGUCUGAAAACAACAGAGGUUUAUUGGUGGAGACUCUUCGUUCUAUAGCUGAAAUUUUAAUAUGGGGUGAUCAAAAUGAUAGUAGUGUAUUUGAUUUCUUCUUGGAAAAAAAUAUGCUUUCAUUCUUUUUACGUAUCAUGAAACAAAAAUGUGGAAGCUAUGUAUGUGUUCAGUUGCUACAGACAUUGAACAUAUUGUUUGAGAAUAUACGUAAUGAAACCUCUUUGUAUUACUUACUUAGCAACAAUCAUGUAAACAGUAUAAUAGUGCACAAAUUUGACUUCAGUGAUGAAGAGGUGAUGGCAUAUUAUAUCAGUUUCCUAAAAACAUUGAGCUUGAAGCUAAAUGCCCAUACCAUUCAUUUCUUCUAUAACGAGCACACCAAUGAUUUUCCAUUGUAUACGGAGGCAAUUAAAUUUUUUAACCACUCAGAAGGUAUGGUUCGUAUAGCAGUACGAACCUUGACUUUAAAUGUAUAUCGUGUAGAAGAUGCCUCCAUGCUUGCAUUCAUAAGAGAUCGCACUGCAGCACCUUAUUUCAGUAAUCUUGUAUGGUUUAUUGGCAAUCACAUUAUAGAGCUUGACACUUGUGUCAGAAAUGAUGCCGAUCAUCAAAGUCAAAAUAGAUUAUCGGACUUAGUAGCAGAGCAUUUAGAUCACUUACAUUACUUAAAUGAUAUUCUUUGUUUGGAUAUAUCUGACUUGAAUAAAGUUUUAUCCGAGCAUUUGCUUCACAAAUUAUUAGUUCCAUUGUACGUUUAUUCGCUUACAAGACAUAAGAAUAUUUUGUGCCAAAAUCAGGAUGAGAGAAAACAUGUAAGCGUUGUAGUUGCUCUGUUUCUACUUUCUCAAGUAUUUCUGAUAGUCUCCCAUGCUCCUCUUGUACAUACACUAGCAGCAGUAAUGUUACUGUCAGACUUAGAAACCAUUCAAACGGAUGCGAGCAAAAUGCUUGAAACGUAUGGUGAUAUUAGAUUCAAUAGAUCAAUUGCUUUUUCACCACCGAAAGAAAGUUUAGAGAAGUCUCUAGAAAAUUUAAGUGAAUCUUUAAGUAUGUCGGACGGUGUUUGCGAGGAAGAAUGCAAUUUAGAAGAGGGGAAAGGUAAUGGCAUGGCUACAAGGACAUCAGGAACGGAUUAUCCUAGUACAUCUUUUGAUACUACAAUAGUAGUUGCACCUACUCCUACGAGUCCAGAACAAGUAGACGGUAGCAGUUUAAACGAAGAUAUAGAAGAAAUGAAAUUCUUAAACGUAACUGACGAAGAGAAAGAACAAAGGUUGGCGUUGGAAUGCCCCUUGACACUACAAACGCAGAACAAUGUUACUGAAUCGAUGUCGAAUAAGCCGUUUUUAGAAACGAUUCUGAAUUCUUUAUUUUGUACAGAAAACGAUUAUGCUUCCUUAUUUGCAUUAUGUUUGCUUUACGCUCUAGCCAACAAUCGGGGCAUUGAUCGUGAAAUAUUGGAUCCAAUUCUAUUCAAUUCACGAAACUCUACAAGCUUAUAUAACGAAAUUUUAAUAGAUAGACUGAUUCAUAUUAUAACAUUAAGUUGUCAAACAAAUGCGAAAGUGAGGCUUGUUACAUUGGAAUUGGCAAUUAAAUUGUUAACGCAAUUAGUAAUGUCGGAAGGACAAACUAUGUUAAGAGAUUCAGAUUUGUCAGCGAUCGAGGCGGCCAAAGAGCAAAGCACCUCGUUGUUAAAGAACUUUUAUAAGAGCGAAGACAUAUUCUUGGACAUGUUUGAGGAUGAAUAUAGUGAAAUUCAAAAACGACCAUUAAACGUUGAAUGGUUAACGAUGGACAGUAACAUUUUAUUACCGCCAACAGGAACUCCCAUGACGGGUAUCGAAUUCACUAAAAGAUUACCGUGUGGCGAAGUGGAGAGAGCACGCCGCGCCAUAAGAGUAUUUUUUUUAAUAAGAGAACUAUAUUUAACUCUUAAUAUGGAAGCGGAAACGCAGUUGCCUCUAACUAACCCAGCCAACUGUGUUCAAGUGGAUAAAGUUCUUGAUCUAAAUAAUAGCGACUUGAUCGCGUGUACGGUCGUGUGGAAGGACGGUCAAAAGAUUCGCCGUUUUCUAGUCAUCGAUGUUGUGCAAUUAAUCCUUGUAGAACCUGACACUAGUAAGCUUGGCUGGGGAGUAGCAAAAUUGGUGGGCUUUUUACAAGACAUCGAAGUGGCCGGCGACAAAGAUGAUUCAAGGUGUUUACACUUAACAAUAUACAAACCUUUGAGUAGUACUACCGGCAACCGUGUUCCUUUAUUAUCGACAAAAUUCAUCUUUGACGAUCACAUUAGAUGCAUGGCUGCCAAACAAAGGCUUACGAAAGGAAGGAUAAAAGCACGACAAAAGAAGAUGAAUCAAAUCGCGAGAUUACUUGACAUUCCCACAAGCAUACCUCACUCCUCAACGCCACCACCAAAUUAUGCUUUACGCGGUUUGCGACACGAACGUUUAGUGGGUCGUGGACAAAGACAAAAGGAUCACCCACGACCGAUGUUCAUCGUAAAUAGAGUACCUGGAUUCGCGGCGCAAAUGCGCAGAGAAAAUGUUGUUGCACCCCCUGCCGGUUUUCCCUCGUCUACGUCCAAACGUGGUGAUAAUAACACGAACGAAAAGAGUCAAGAAGAAAAUGGUAUGCGAUCUCGAGACAAUUCACCAAAAAUGCCAAGGCCGCGAAGCGAAGAAAUUCCUUUGGAAGACAUGCGUCUUCGAAAAGCCACUUUAACGUCUAAUGGAUUGAGCAUAUCACAUGUGUGUCACGAAAAGGACGGUCAAAUGUCUACCUGUUCAACUAAUGGCGAAUCCUCGACUGUGAUCAGAAAACAUUCGGAAGAAACAUCGUUUACCUGCCCGCAAGAAGUAAAACCACGCAGAAAGGGUCAAGUGGAAACAGUAUGAUUGUUAGAAUUUCAAAGAAAGCAGAAUAUGCAGUUGAAAUUCUAUUUCUUUUCAUCGGGACAAUUUAAAGGAGAAUUGGAAAUAUGUAUAUGCGAUCAUGAGUAAAUGAAAGUGAUUUUUCAUCCGUGUAAUAAAAGAUUUUCCUAAGGUGCUGCGCCUGAAUAAUGACUUGAAAGAAAUCCCAUAUUUCAUCAUUCUUUUAAUAA